AGCGGAAACCAGAGAGGAAGAAGACGCACUCGGCGCACGUUAUGAGAAUGCCAAGGCGCCGCGUAAAGUAACUAGAAUGUAAAUGAUGAACUCGCGGGUCCACCGGAACGGAUUUUUUCAUCCGGAUCCUUGAAACUUGAUUGGGCCACGUUCUUGAGUAGACUUUUCAAGCGCGGUGUAUGUUAGCAGGAAGCAAACUCAUUUUGGGUUUCUUUUCCGUAAUGCUUGCAACUUUCUUCAUUAAUGUCCGGUUUCUGUGAGAGGAAAGUGUCGGAGAAGCUAAAGACAAUUAUCCAGCUUUUGGCGCUCAACCAGGAAAAUUGCGAAUUAUCGUUUGUGUACUUGUAUCGAAACAGCCAAAUCCCUUGGCACCAGAGGCAAAGCAAGUUUGAACUACGUUAUGAUAUUGAGAUUAUCAUAGUGUCAACACCUUUCCAAGCAUGGUUUAUUCUGCUUCACUACAACUUUCUCGUGAAUUCAAAGUCCGCAAUCAAUAUAGAUACAGUGAGCAAUAUAUUAAUGCAGCUGGAAAAAGUCGGUAUCAUUUUGUCAAGAUCAAUCUCUCAUCACAUGCUAUGCGACAGGAUGAUGGGAGCAUCCACCUUUUUAACUGCAUACGUGGGCCAAUAGUUCCUGUAUCUGCCAGGUGCAAUGUUUUUCUUUGUCGAUCUAUUCUAGCACCAGGUGGAGGAAAUGAAAUUCCUAUUGUUAGAUCUGCUGCAAUGCUUUUUUCAAGGUCUUAUGAUGCUUUUCGUGGAAGUCCUCUUGUACUUAGAUUGAUCCCAGCAGUUGGUAUUCUUCUGUUUGCUACAUGGGGUGUUGGGCCGCUCAUUCGUCUUGGGCGUAUUUUCUUCCUUAAUAGGACUGAUGUUAAUUGGAAGAAAAGUAGGACACAUUAUGUUAUGACCUCAUAUCUUCAACCCUUGCUGCUAUGGGUUGGUGCAAUACUUGUCUGCAGAGCUGUAGACCCAGUCGUAUUGCCUUCCGAAGCCAGCCAAGUUGUUAAGCAACGACUUUUGAAUUUUAUACAGUCAUUAUCAACAGUGCUGGCAUUUGCAUAUUGUUUGUCAAGCUUGAUUCAACAGGCUCAAAAAUCCUUUAUGGAGACAAAUACAUCGAGUGAGGCAAGAAGUAUGGGUUUUGCUUAUGCGGGAAAAGCUGUUUACAGUGCUGUUUGGGUUGCUGCCAUAUCAUUGUUCAUGGAGUUGCUGGGGUUCUCUACCCAGAAAUGGCUGACUGCUGGAGGUCUUGGCACAGUGUUGCUCACCCUUGCUGGUCGUGAGAUAUUAACAAAUUUUCUUUCGAGUGUGAUGAUCCAUGCAACACGGCCAUUUGUUGUGCACGAAUGGAUUCAGACCAAGAUUGAAGGCUAUGAAGUUUCUGGUACAGUUGAGCAUGUGGGUUGGUGGUCACCAACAAUUAUAAGAGGCGAUGAUCGCGAAGCAGUUCAUAUUCCAAACCAUCAAUUUACUGUAAAUGUUGUGAGGAAUCUUAGCCAAAAGACCCAUUGGCGUAUCAAGACCUAUCUUGCUAUCAGUCACUUGGAUGUCAAUAAAAUCAAUAAUAUCGUGGCUGAUAUGCGCAAGGUUUUGGCAAAAAAUCCUCAAGUUGAGCAUAAAAAAUUGCACAGGAGAGUUUUUCUAGAAGAUAUAGGUCCAGAAAACCAAGGUCUCAGGAUUCUGGUAUCCUGCUUUGUAAAGACCUCACAUUUUGAAGAAUACCUCUGUGUUAAGGAAGCAAUACUUCUGGAUCUUUUUAGGGUAAUCAGCCAUCACCGAGCCCGACUUGCCACUCCAAUCCGCACAGUGCAGAAAAUGCACCGUGAGGCUGACUUGGAAAAUGUACCCUUUGCUGAUAUUUUCACUCAAGCAUCUACUUACAGUCCAAUGAUCCUAAUCGAGACCUCUUAUAAAAUCAAGGACGACGAAAAAGUUAAAUCUUCUACUCAUUCCCUGCAAACAAAUGAAGAAAAAGACUUGAAAGAUGAAGCACCUUCAACAUCUGACCCCAAGGCAGAUGUAGAGUCUGAUUUAGCAUCGACUCUUGAUUCCAAAAGAGAAAAGGUCAGAUCAGCUUCAAGCUUGAAGGUUGCAGUGCCGACAUCUGAUUUUCCAAGUGGGGAUUUGGUGCUGGAGAAUUCACGCCAAACCAUCUCCGAAGAGCUGAGAAAUGAAAGCACGGGAGGGGGAGGGACAGAAGACGAGAAAAGUGGAUUGAAUUCAGAUGAUUCCUUUACAACAUGGAAUGCAUCAGAAAUGUCAGAAUCUGGCAGUGGAAAAAGUGAUAACUUUUCAGCUGGCAUACCGGAAAAGCAAGAUACAGAGAGGCAGAUUUCAUCAGCAUCUGUGUUCAGACCUCCGCUAGAUGACAACAUAGUUCUUGGUGUUGCGCUGGAAGGCUCAAAACUGACUCUUCCAAUCGAGGAAAUAUCUGUGCCGUCCGGACAGGAUGAGACAAAGGAAUUAGCUGCUCACUGGAAUGGGAAUUGUUCUCCUAACCUCGGCAAGGACAAGAGAGAUGGUACCAGCCAAAAUGAUUAGGUUGGGUACAUGAUAACAACGAUUAAAAUUGUAACAUUAUCAAAUCGAAGUAUGCUGAAAUUGCAUGCAGCUGCCUUUUUUAAGCUGGAGUCAUGCAGUAUAUAUAUAUGUAUAUCAUUGGGGUGAAGAACUGUAAAUACUUGUUAACCAAAACAUUUGUAGAUGCAUUGAUUACUGCUCUCCAGUGAUUAAUGAUUAAUUUUAAAUUA